AUGACGGAACGUCCAGCUAAACGUCGCCGUGUUGAACUCUCGCUCGAUGAUAAACUCAAAAUAAUUAAAAGUUUCGAAAGUGUACCUAAACCAACGUUAAGAUCUUUGAGUGAAAAGUUUAGUAUUGGCAAAUCAACAGAUUUCACGUCACGUCAUAAAAAGCGCUAUCGAUCAUAUAGCCCUACUCAACUUAAAAAUGCAUAUGCAGAUGUCACUGAAAAGGGAACUUCUGUAUAUAAGGCUGCCAGGCUGUAUUCCGUUCCUGAACAAACACCCAGAGACAGAAUAUGCGGGGUUAUUUCCCCAGACACGACAAGGUCCGGACCUGGUCCAAUGUUUUCCUUGGAAGAAGAAAACAAAGUGGCAGAACAUUUGAAGUUGAUGGCGUCUGUUGGCUAUGGCUACACAAGAGCGCAGGUUUUAAAUCUUGGAACCGACUAUGCCACCCACUUAAACAAACGGCCACACGAUUGCAACUCUCUUUCUCUACAGUGGUUUUAUGGGUUCAUGGGAAGAUGGCCAGAAUUAAAGUUGAGACGACCCAAAUCCUUGUCAGAGCUUCGAGUCUACGCUACUUCAGAGGAAAGCAUAACGAAAUACUUUGAUGAACUGGAGACAAUUCUUGAAAAGUAUGACCUCAAAUCAUCUCCUGAAAAAAUAUAUAACGUGGAUGAGAAGGGAAUUAGUAUGACUCACGCACCUCCGUAUGUUGUAGGAUCCACAGACGAGGUUCCAAUUGAAAUAUCGCCAGAAAGAUCAUCCACAGUCACUAUGAUAGGGUGUGGCAAUGCACUGGGUCAACAAAUCCCACCAUAUUUCAUUUUUCCUGGGGCUCGAAUGCGCCAAGAAUUAUUAGAAGGAGCCACCAUUGGUACGAAUGGCACUGUUAGUAAGUCAGGAUGGUCCAAUUCAGACAUAUUUCAAACAUGGCUUGCAGAUCAUUUUGCGAAGUACGCAAAAGUUGGUGGAGAUAAGAAGACAUUAUUGUUGUAUGAUGGUCACAGAUCCCAUAUUUCACCUUAUUUGGUUGACUUUGCAGUGCGGAAUGGAAUCAUCCUGUUUGUUCUACCACCUCAUACAAGCCAUAUCCUUCAGCCGAUGGAUGUGGGUUGUUUUGGACCGUUUUCUAAAGUUUUCAGUGAUGAAUCUCGAAAAUGGCAACGUUCUCAUUCUGGAACUCUCACCCGCUACAAUGUCUGCUCUAUUGCAUGUCGAGCUUACGACAUCUCGCUGACUCCCAGGAAUCUUCAGAGUGCUUUCAGGAAGAGUGGGAUUUAUCCAUUUUACCCAACAGCAAUUGAUUCAUCUCUGUUGAAACCUGCCCAGUAUGCUAAAAAGAGAAGAGCUGAACAAUCUACAGAAACUGCGAGUAACAAUGCCGAUAUUUCUCAACCACAAGACAGAAACACUGUUAACAAUUUCUUUUCAAGUCACCUGCCAGUUGUACACCACGAUAAACCCAAUCAGUCUAAACCCAGGCGUUCAGUUCACAAGGUUGUUGGUGGAAAACCAAUUACAGAGCCAGAUGUAUCAUCCCAACUUUGA